CAAUGUUGUUUAAAAAUGGUCGAGGAAGAGGCCAUAACUGAUCUAGACAAAAAGAUUAUAGAAGCUUUUGUGGUUUUUGAUCAUGCAAGCAGCAACACAGUUGACGUUCGAGAAGUUGGAACGAUUAUAAGGUCUCUUGGGUGCUGUCCCAGCGAGGCUGAAAUUCAAGAAAUCCUUGUUGCAAUAGAAGAUGAAGAAACAUCUGGAAGUAUUAGAUUAGAUCGGUUCUUGUACACUGUAUCACAUAUCAUUCAAGAGAGAAGAUUACUACCUGCAUCACCAGAAAAGCUCCUGAAAGCUUUCCUAACACUUGACCAUGAUGGGAAGGGGUACUUAACCAAAGAGUUUCUCAGCAAAAUUAUGAUCGAGGAAGGAGAGCCAUUCACUCAGGAAGAACUGGAUGAGAUGAUGGCUGUUGUGAUCGAUGGAGAAACAGGAAACAUUCCAUAUGAGUACUAUAUCAAUCACCUUAUGGUUAAUGCAACUGAUGACAGCCUCAUUCCUCCACCAAAAUAUAUCCCAAAAACAGAACAUUCCAAACAUAUGAUUCAAUGAGAGGAACUUAAUGUGUGAGUACAAGCAAAUUCACCUAUGCUCAAAUAAAACUGUCAUAAUCAUGAAUAAAAUUAUUUCAAAUUCAAUUACACUUCUUAAUUAACAGU